AGCUGAAGCUUGCAGUGUGCAGAUCACAUCCAGUCUGUGCUCCCCCUGCAGCAGCUGCUGGAUUACCCCGAGCCCUGUCUGUAGUGCCUCUGGGAUGGAUACGCUGCGGGCGAGGAUGCUGCACUCGGUUCCCUGGUUUAUUCUGAGUGGGAUGACUGCCAUGUGCCUCCUGCAAGGAGUGCCGGUCCGGAGCGGGGACCCCGGCUUCCCCAAAGCCAUGGACAACGUGACGGUGCGACAGGGGGACAGCGCCAUCCUCAGGUGCACAGUGGAUAACAGAGUCACCCGGGUGGCCUGGCUGAACCGCAGCACCAUAUUAUACACCGGCAAUGACAAGUGGUCCAUAGACAAUCGCGUGAUCCUUGUGGCCAACACCAAGAGCCAGUACAGCAUCGAGAUCCAGAAUGUGGACAUAUAUGAUGAAGGACCUUAUACCUGCUCUGUGCAGACAGACCAUCACCCCAAAACCUCACGCGUACACCUCAUUGUACAAGUUCCCCCUCGGAUAGUGGAGAUAUCAUCGAAUAUAGCUGUGAACGAGGGCAAUAAUGUGAGCCUGAGCUGUAUUGCUACAGGGAGGCCGGAGCCUGUGGUGAACUGGAGGUAUCUGUCACCCAAAGCGCACGGCUUCAUGAGUGAAGAUGAGUACCUGGAGAUCACAGGAAUCACAAGGGAGCAGUCCGGGCUGUACGAGUGCAGUGCUGCCAAUGACGUGUCCAUUCCGGAUGUCCGAAGGGUUAAAGUCACAGUCAACUAUGCACCAUAUAUUCUGGAUGCACGGAACAUCGGUGUCCCACUGGGUCAUCAAGGUAUCUUGCAGUGUGAUGCGUUGGCUGUCCCUGCAGCUGACUUCUUUUGGUACAAGGAAGAUAAGAGGCUGACCGACUCCCGGAAAGGAGUGAAGGUGGAGAACAGAGAGACGUAUUCUCGUGUAACCUUCUUCAACGUCUCUGAGCAGGAUUACGGUAACUACACGUGUGUGGCAAUGAACCGCCUAGGACACAGCAACGCCAGCGUCAUCCUCUUCGAAAUAUACCAGUCCACCAGCUCGCCCUUACUGCAAGAAGAGACCACAGCUGCCUUGACCCCCCUUAAAGGCCCCGGAGCGGUUCACGAUGGUAACAGUGGCUCACCUCGGUGUCUUCUCUUCGCACCUCUGUCUCUCCUCCUCCUGCUCUGUCUCUCUCUGCUGCUCCCACAUGUCCAGUUUUGACCCAUGCAAAGCAUCGUCAGAGAUCCUCCCGAAGGGAAACAGCAAUUCUAAAAUAAACAAAUGUAAUAAAAAAGAAAAUAAUUUACGAAAUCUGAUGUCGCAAAAUAUAUUGAGGGGAAAAAAUAAAAAUAAAAGCGUUAAAAAAACCUACAAAAAUCCACAACUGCAACCGAUUCUUUAACAAAAAAAAAACAAAACAAAAAAAGGAAAAAAACAAACAAACAAACGGAUAAAGCUAAGAGAAAACACCACCACGCUCUGCAACUUCUACAUGAAGGGACUUUUUGCAGAAAACGGCAAGGGGCAGAGCCAAGGACUGAGCUGCGUCGGUUGACUUGCCAAAGCCGACGCUCACGGACAACAUUUGACUUUGUUCUGUUCAUCACAGAGCAUCGUGAUGAGAUCACACCACUCACAAACCAACCAUGGACUGUGCUGCUUCAUCCUCUCAGUUCCUUAUUACUCUCCAUCUGCUGGGUGUCCCACUUAGUGUUUCCCGUUUUGCAGCCCAGACACCUGCUGAGAAUAGUUUGACCCUUCUUAUUUGCUGACGAACUAGCAGAGCAAUACUUAACCUUUUCACUGCUGGGGAGAGAGAUACCCACCCUGUGAUAUAUGUCUCCCCAGCAUGACUGGGAUUAAUGGAGCCGCCACCUUUUUGGGCUCAUUCGGGGCUGGACUGUGUGGAUUGUUACUGUGGAACGCGUGCUGUCAUGUGCUAGGAUGUUGCUUAUGAAAAUGUUGCAUCCAAUAAUGAUUUUCUUUGUGUACGUCAGCUGGAAAAGGUGGGAGAUAGGAGAAUUCAUUUUAGUGGGGGGUGGGUAUUGGGGGGUCCUGAACUGUUGAUUGAAACCCAGAAUAUAUAUAGUAUAGAUCAAGACAGGCCAGCAAUGUCCCUCUGGCCGCUGGGACUUUAACUCCUUUGGUCAUCAGAUGGCUGUGCUUAUGGAUAAUGGGAAACAUGGCCUUUGACUAUAAGAUAAUACUAUGCCUUUCCAUGUUUUCCGAUGGGUGCUGUAGAGAGAGGAUUGCCUCUAAAAUGAGCAGCCCAGGAACGCCUGCCAGAAUACAGUGCCGGAAAUGGCACAUACAGGCUUGACUGCUCUUAGAAUGGUCAACGUUGGGUGUUCCUGGGUAGAGGAGCAAGCAUCUGAUGGCUUUGGGGGUAGCCGCGUCUUCUGGUCAGCUCAGGAUGAGAGUCUGUGUGACCAUGUGGUGACUGCCAUCUCCAGAUUAUAAGCACACGCAGUCAGUCAUGUCCAGCAGCACAGUACACCCAUCUACAACAGGAAAUGUGGGGCUUUGGGUCAGGAGAUGGUUACCAUACUGUGAGGCUGCAUAUGGCGUACAGAGAGGAUUGUGUAUCUUCAGUCAUUAUAAGGAGUUUGCCAGCAGUAUAGGAAGGCUCGGAAGCAAGCUAACCAGGGGUUGUGCUGCCAGGGAGGGGAGACCGAGUAUAUGUACCAAUGUCGCACUAGUGUACAGCUGUCUUCAUUUGGUUGCUCCUUAAUAAAAGGAAAAAUCUACACUCUACACAUUUUUUUUUAUUACACACAAGCACAAACCUACGUGUCAUGGCCGCUCUAACGCCAACUUCAGAGCAGUGUAUGUUAUUUCCAUAAUACUGUAAUCCAUCCCAUCAUGUUGUUUUGCAAUGGUGAUGACGUAACGUAGGUGUCUCCUGGCGUCCUGGAAUUGGCCACACUCCUGGUUUAUUACACAACUGUAUUCAUGUGCCUGUGUGAGAUGGAGAGACGCCUCGCUCCUGGCUUGCAGCUCAUUGUACAACCUGCCCAGAGUUCCCCCACCGGUAGCACCGCCCACCACGAUCCGCGCAUUUCUUGGUGCAGAUUCACAAACUCAUUUGCAUAUGAUUUCUGCAUGUGGACCUCAUCGCAGCAUGAAGGGCCCAAAGUAGCCUGUGUGUUUUGUCCAUUUUCAUUUUUUUUUUCUUUUUAAAUUACGUUUCAAGGGUUUAAAGUCUAAUUUUUCUGAUAUACAAAGUAAUCAAUAGUGUUAUAAAGGCUGCAUACAUCUGUAAGGCUGAAGGACUUUAUGUAGAGACCCACAUCAUGGACAUUUACUUAGACAGCAAUACAAGGUUCAUAGAACAGUCAUAUAGGAGACAGUUAUGUGUGUAUCUGAGACUCAUGCUUGGCGUGUUCUGUGACAUUGGGGGGAUCUGACAGGUGGCUGCUGGUACGUGGCGCUUUGACCACAGGACCACCACAAACCAUUCUCAUGAUCUAAUGAUUAAGUCCCUCAGCAUUGGGAAGUAGCUGCACUUUUCUUACAGAUAUCCUGCCGCCUCCUUGUAUUGGUUGCAGCACUUGCAUAUAAAUGAUGCAGUAUGUUUCCUAUGUUAAACCCCCCGGACGGUGAGAUGACGGUGGAGAUAUUGCUCCCACCACUUGGAGCGCUAUGAGCAUUACUACGGCCACCCCUGCAGCGCUGUAUGUUCGGGUAUAGUGGGGAUCAGGUGUGCGGGGGGUUAGCGCACAGGUCAUAGUUGCUGUCAGAUAAGAUGAAUCAUUACAAAACGCUUGUUUCAUGACAGACCAUUAAUAUCUACUCUACCUUCCCCCAAACCAUCUAUCACUUUCCACCAACUGGCAUUGUCCGGGUACCAUCACUCCUUCCUCCAUUCUGUCCUUACAUGUAAAGCUUUCGGUCACUCUCUCUAAAACACAUCUACAAAUUAUUAUUUUUCCAUAUUAAUAAAUCUGGAGUGGAAAAUGUGGCAGAAAUUUGGUUUGUCCUCUGUGGUCACCUUUGAACAGUAUAAGCCACAGUGGAUUCCACCCAAAAAUGCCUCCAGUUUCCUUCAUGCAGCGUCCAAGUGUCUAUCUGAAGAAGAUAUCUGUGUCCUGAAGUAGGCAGCAGACAAGUGUGGCUUUUAUGCGGCUACUGUCCGCUACGUCGCCCUACACAUUACCCCUGUGUAACAGCACCAUUACUGCUGUCAGCAUCUGGGACUGGUGCGUCGGCUGCGGCACAGGGACGCACAGUAACAUACGACAGAGGAGGGAUCACACACUUAUUUAUAUUCUUGUUAUUCCCAGAGAAUGAUUGCACGGUUACAUUUGAAUAGUCUUUGCCACAGAGGUUCGAUAUUUGGCAAAAUCACCAAAGGAUGGAGAAAUUCGGAUUUACAGGCUCACUGGGUGUACAGUGUUGUGUAACGGAGUGUCGCAGCCUCACAUGUAAUGGGUACAAUCUCUACACCUGCUGCUGUUUAGGAAGAGCUGGAAGUCUGUAUGUGUAGUUUGCUGAGGACCCCCCAAAUCCAAUGGGCAAGAUCCCGCCCAGGACUAAGAAUGUAAGCUCUUUGGGGCAGGCUGUCACAUUUAGCGUAUCAUGAGAUAGUAGCCAUCCUUCUCCCUAUUGUUUGUUACUGUAUUAUAUUUUCUUUAUAUUUGUAAUAAUCUUGUAAAGAGCUGAGUACACUGUUAACACAAUAUAAAUAUAAUGAGACAUACA